GGCUAAUAACCCAACCUCAAGGGUUCUUCUGUUGGCCAAUUUCCCCUUCCCAUUCAUUUUACGUCCUCACGCUGGAGGAGAGCACCGAAAAAGAAGCUGUGCAAACGUGAUGAAACACAUGUGAAAUAUGAGGAGAGAAAUCGCAGCUGUUGUAUUCUUCCUGAAGAGGCUUGUGAAAAAGGGGGAGAAGUUGGAGUCACACAAGAUCGACCUGUUUGUUGAGAGGCUUGCUGUUGCACUGCAGGAGAAGUUCAAGGGGCACUGGUACCCCGACAACCCCAGCAAGGGACAGGCAUACAGGUGUAUCCGCGUAAACAGGUUCCACAGGCAGGAUCCAGAGCUCCUUCGGGCCUGCCGGGAGAGCGGGAUUGAGUAUAGUGACCUGGGAUUGUCCCGUGAACUCACACUGUGGGUGGACCCUGGGGAGGUCUGUUGCAGGUACGGAGAGCAAAAUCCUUGUUUCUCAGUGGCCAGUUUCUCUAAUGAUGAAGAGGAGGACAAAGAUGUUACAAAAGUGACCAGUGCUUUGGAGAGGGUGACGUCAGACUACCACUCAGGAUCUUCUUCUGAUGAGGAGAGCACGCGCACUUCCCCCCUCACCGUCCCCAACAGCCGCUGCUCUUACACGGCAAUGAAUCCCGCUGCUUCCUCGUGGCAUCCUAAGAAGAUGGUACCAGGGAAAGUUCAGAUCCUUCCACGGCCUCACUACGGCUACAGGCCUCGCAGCAGACCCCCGCACACUUCCAGGCCCAAUCUGUGGGUGCGUCCUGGCUACGGAGGAGGACCUGGUUACUGGGACGCAUCCCAACAUCUGGCACAUUGUUACAGUUAGGAAUCAUGGUGCUUAACGCUCACACUAGACAUUAAAGCUGAGGACAACUUUAAAAUGACUGAACAAUGUUUUUUUUGUUGUUUUUUUUACACAUGAACUUUUAUAGAGUACAUAUUGAUCUUUUUUGCACUUUAGACCAUUUUGUUAAACCUUAAAGAAAUCACCUGUAUUAAAUUAGAUAUUGAAAUUGGAAUACUACACAUUUUGAAGUACUGUAUUUUUUACAAUGGGGGACGUUCGUGUAUGCCACCUACUUUGUCCUUUUGUGAUACAAUGUUUUAUUUAUUCAUAGUGCAGAAUUGUCAGAUGUAUAGACUUAAAUUUAUGGAGUUUUAUUAAACACAGUUUCCAAGCA